AUGAACCGCCUAGCGUUUGGUGUGUCGUCAGCCCCUGCAAUGUGGCAACGCUCAAUGGAACAAAUUUUGCAGGGCAUUCCAGGGGUACAGUGCAUCCUGGAUGAUAUGAUAAUCACUGGCCGCAAUGACACAAAGCACUUACACAAUUUGGAAAGAGUGCUCAAGGUCCUGCGUGAUCGCGGACUGCGACUUAAUAAGUCGAAAUGCGAGUUCUUUAAGAAGAAGGUGAUCUACUGUGGGCAUGCAAUUGAUGCCAAUGGAUUACACAAGACCCAGGAAAAGAUACAAGCGGUCAACAAUGCUCCACCUCCUACGAAUGUUAGUCAGGUUCGCUCGUUCCUCGGACUCAUUAACUAUUAUCAUCGUUUUUUGCCUGACUUGGCAACAGUGUUACAUCCACUUAACCAGUUGCUAGAGAAGAAUCGCAAGUGGGCGUGGACCCCUGGUUGUGAUAAGGCAUUCAAAGUUGCUAAGACAUUGAUUACAUCUGAUGAAGUGCUAACACAAUACAAUCCAGCCUUGCCAGUAAAGUUAGCUUGUGAUGCUUCGCCUUAUGGAUUGGGCGCUGUCAUGUCGCAUGUAAUGCCCAAUAACACCGAGCGACCAAUUGCGUACGCUUCUCGCACGCUUUCCUCUGCUGAGCGUAAUUACUCUCAAAUUGACAAGGAAGCUUUGGCACUAGUUUGGGGUGUCAAAAAGUUUAAUAUCUAUCUACAGGGACGGAAGUUUACAUUGGUUACGGAUCAUCAACCACUCACUUCCAUCUUCCAUCCUGCUAAGAGUGUUCCCACGACAACAGCAUCACGUAUGGUGCGAUACGCUCUUUUUCUUGCUAGUCACGACUACGAAAUAGAAUACAAGAACACCACUAAGCACUGUAAUGCGGAUGGACUUUCGCGACUGCCAGUACCUGAGGUUCGGACUGAAGACAUUGACCCGGAUGAUCUUCUCCACAUGUCUCAGCUGGAGAAAAUGCCAGUCACUAGUGCUCAAGUACGCAAAGAAACGGCUCGCGAUAUUGUGCUCUCCCAAGCUUGUGAAUUCACCAUGAAAGGAUGGCCGAACACAUAUGACGCUGAACUUAAACCCUUUAACGUACGCAGGAAUGAACUUUCACUGCACGAUGGAUGUCUUAUGUGGGGAUUACGUGUGAUAAUUCCACUAAAACUACGUGAGACCAUUCUCGCUGAGUUGCAUCAGGGUCACUUGGGAGUUGUCAAAAUGAAAAGUCUCGCUCGUGGAUAUGUGUGGUGGCCCGGACUCGAUAACGACAUUGAACUACUUGCGAAAGGUUGUGCUGGAUGCCAAAAAGUACAGCACAAUUCCAAGUCAGCACCACUCCACACAUGGGAGUGGCCCACAACACCAUGGCAGCGUAUUCAUGUUGACUAUGCGGGCCCAUUUUUUGGCCAAAUGUUUCUUGUAGUUGUGGACGCCCACUCCAAGUGGCCUGAGGUUGUGAGUACGAAAUCUGCAGACUCUACGCGCACAAUUGAAAUUCUACGCAGCAUUUUUGCACGGAAUGGAGUGCCAGAGCAGUUAGUCAGCGAUAACGGCCCACAGUUUACAUCGGACGAGUUUCAAACAUUUCUGAAGCGUAACGGGAUAAAGCAUAUUACAUCUGCCCCGUACCACCCUUCUACGAAUGGGCUCGCUGAACGAUUCGUUCAAACCUUCAAACAAGCGCUGAAAUCAAUGAGUGGGGAGAAGGGUUCCACAGCAGCCAAAUUGGCUAACUUUCUGUUUGCAUACAGGAGUGCCCCACACAGCACGACCGGACAAUCUCCAGCAAUGUUGUUCUUAGGGAGAAACCUUCGUUCACGAUUGGAUAUUCUAAAGCCUAAUGUCCGUCGCCAUGUCAACAACAAGCAAAUGGAUCAGACUGCGUCACACACAUCUGCCAAUACAACGCGUGAGUUUCACAUUGGUCAAACUGUCUCUGUACCCGACUACAGAGGCAAUCAAAAAUGGAUACCUGGUGUGGUACAUGCUCGCACUGGACCUGUGUCCUAUGAAGUUUGUGUCGGUCCAAACAUGAUCUGGCGCCGCCAUAUUGACCAACUUCUCGACUCGCACAUUGGGAAACCCCCUAAUCUCAAUGUACCUGUACCCUAUGAUGUUAUACCACAGAUCGUACCAUCGGAAAUGGACAAUCCUACACCAACACCAGUUGAACCAGACCUAACUGAACCUAGUGAAACGUCAUCACCUACUAAACCUUCCAUGUCGGGUAGUCCUCAUGUUGUUGAACGUCGCUACCCCGCACGCGAACAUAAACCUCCUGAUAAACUCAAUUUAUAA